AUGACCAUUGGGCGGAGCUUGAAGGAAACUGGGGGGCCUGAGGGCAGGGGUCAGGAGGGUAUGCCUUCCACCCCGGGGCGGGAAAGGAGGGUUGAGCGCCCGGAGUCUGUCGGUUUGGCCGGACGGGGUGAUGGACGAGUCCGCAGGGGCGGGCUUUGUGCUCCAGCCUGGCAGCAGCCGGCGGACUGGGCCGUGUUCCGCUCCCUCUGCGCGGCUUCCAAGCUUCUAGGCUGGACGGCCCCCGAGGGCCCCAGCAGCCCGGGCCAGGUCCAUCCUCUUUGCCGACAGGUCAGCUUCCACUCCAGAGCAGCGGGGAACGCCGGUUCAGCCCGACGCGGACCCCGCCCCCCCGCCGCUGAUUGGGCGCUCCGUGUUGCCUUUCGGCCGGCAGCAUGGGGAAGUCGUCACGUGGGGGCGGCGGCAGCCUCGGCGCUUCGGGUACUGGCGGGCAUGGAACCGCGGGCUGCAGGGGCCGGGAGUAGCGAGGGGCCGGCAGCCCCAGAGGGAGAGCCGCCGUCGCGGGUCGCGGGGGGCGGAGAAGAGGACGCGCCGCGGGCCGAACCCGAGCCGCGGCCGGAGCCGCCCAGCCCAGCGGCGGUCAGCUUGGCCAUGUCUGACCACUUCUAUCAAAAGAAGGAAGGAGAUGAGGAUGGGGUCAUGAGAUGGAAACCAAAACUAGCCUGUGGGGCACAGAAUGUGCCCACCCAAGGGGAGAGUGACCAUCCUGAAGAAGAUGAGAUGCAGGAUUGUGAGGACUCUGAGGAAGACUUGAACUGGGAGCUGGAAGAUGGGAUGGAGAACAGCGUCCCUGCAGAGCAGAAGGCUGAGCUUCCUGUUAAGGAAGACUGGGACAACGAGCUAAUUGCUGACCAAGGGAAUCCGUACGGUGCUGAAGACAUCCACUGUGCCAGCAUUCAAGAAUUCUGUCUCUGGGCACCUCGGGCCCAGCAAGGAGACAUGAUCUAUGACCCGAGCUGGCACCACCCUGCCCCCCUGACUCCCCACUAUUCCAAAAUGGUCUUUGAGACGGGGCAGUUUGAUGAUGCUGAAGACUGAAACUUUGGGAUGCUUUCCUGCCUUCUGGGCUGGGCUGGGGUGGGGGGGUCCUCCCCUUGGCCUUCUUCCAUUCGUUGCAUUCCCUCAUUCCCACUUGUGUGAUGUGGGACAUCACAUUGGGAACGGUUUUGGGAUGGAUCCUGGAAGCUGCUGCAUUUUCAUAGACUGUUGUGUUUAAGAAGGGAGAGAAACCCUUCGUCUCCCGUUUUCUUUUGGGUUUUGUUGGCACAAUCUUGCCUGAAACAAAGGUGGGCACUGUGGCAUUAGAGGAGAAGGAGGAUCCUGGUGGGAGAUUUUUUUUUCUUAAAUAAAAGUUGAAAAACCAGAAUGCUGCUUUUGUCAUUCCCCACCCCCUUUAAUUGGCUGCUUCUGAGCCAGCUUGGGUUUGUGGCUUCCUGGUGCCUGCCUCUUUUCACAUUUUUUAAAAGAAAUCACCCAGUAAAAGUUUGGAGAUUUGUUA